AUGCGGAUCUGUUUCUUGGCUUUACGACGGUUUACGACGCUUUAUGUCUUCUACACUCUCUUGGAUCUUCAUAUUCAUUGUUUCUUUGCCUAUUGGUCGUUUGGGUCCUGGGCGACCGGAAAGUCCUCCGAGGAGGCCACCCCUUCGGGGGUGCAACAACUCCCCUCUUCUGCGGUUCCGAACGCAUCUGGGUCUUCGGAGACCCAAAAGUCCUCUGCGGAGGCCACCCCUUCUGGGGUGCUUCAAUCUCUUUCUACAAGCGCACCUGGGUCACCCGUGGCCCCAAAGUCCUCCGCGGAGGCCACUCCUUCGGGAGUGCAAACAACUUUCCCUGCUGCCGCCGCCGCCAAGAAGACCGGUGGUCCCCGGCCGGGUGCCCGUCGUGGGCGCAAACCCCGACGGCACCUGUGCCCCCAUUGUCUCAAAUGGGGGGGGCACCGACCAGAGGAUUGUUUUGCCCGGCCCCGGGCUGCCGCUGCUCCUGCCGCUGCAAGCGUGGUGAAUAACUUCACCGUUAUGCCUGGUGCUGUUGUCCAGGCUGGGCCUGGGGGCUCGACCAGUGGCCGCCGUCGUGCGGUCAAGGGGAAGAAGAAGGAGGAGAAGAAGAACUAG